GUCGCCAUCAUGGCUCUGCCUCUCUCCGCUCUCCCUCCCCCCUCACUUGUCCUCUCACACCUUCCCCCAACAGUCAAUCGCCCUUCAGCCUUCCACCCAUUAACUCCCCCCUGACAGUGGACACCAUGCCCGCCGAUAAGCCCCCGGUCGGCCAGUCGGCUCCGGAUCUGGAGAUCGUGGGAAACCAGGUCACCAUCCACCCCAGUGCCGUCACCGGAGGCGAGCCGCACGAUGACGAGAUCACCGAACGCAACCUGGUCCGCCACAUGGCGCGAUUCCGCGAGAACCCCUUCGACUUCCUCCGCGAGGUCAGCCUCUACAUGUCCGGCACCGGCUGGCGCGCUUACGACGACGUGAUCGGCCAGCCGAUCUUCUACUCCGGGUUUACCGAUCGGAUGAAGUCGCGGAUCCUGGCCAGCACCCUGCUGCAGGGGAAGGUGAAGGAGUUGGCGGCGACCCGCUUGGCGGUGGAGGAGAAAGAGGGGCUGUUGGAUAUACAACCGGGGCCGGUGGACAGGAAGCGGACGCAUCGUCGGAGCGAGAUCGAGAGUCAUCUCCGCGAGGUGGUCGACUCCAUGCUCGACAGCAUGAUCUGCAAGAUGGAGAGCAAGCGGUUCAUCCGCGGCGCGUAUUAUCUGUGCACGCAGCUUCUGACGCGCGCUUAUCAUCAAGGCAUCCACGUCUCCAGCGAGGAGGUCCUCCGCCUGCGCUCCGUCGCGGAGGAGGCGGCUCGCAAGAAGCAGUCGAUUGUCUUCCUGCCUUGCCACAAGUCUCAUGUUGACUACGUGUCGCUGCAGCUGAUCUGCUACCGUCUGGGAAUCGGACUUCCCGUGGUUGUGGCGGGAGAGAACCUUAAUAUCCCGAUGUUGGGGCCUUUCCUCCAGCAUGCAGGUGCGAUGUGGAUUCGGCGCAGUUUCGGGAACGACCCGCUGUAUAACACCGUCGUGCAGGCGUAUAUCGACACCAUGUUGCAGCAGGGGUUCAACUUUGAGUGUUUCAUCGAGGGCGGUCGCUCGCGCACGGGCAAGCUCCUGUCGCCGAAGUUUGGCAUCCUCAGCUUCAUUCUCGAUAGUGUGAUCUCUGGUCGUGUGGAGGAUACAAUUAUAUGUCCCGUCAGCACGCAGUACGACAAGGUCAUCGAAACUGAAUCGUACAUUAGCGAACUCCUCGGCCAGCCAAAGAGGAAGGAAAACCUCGCGGAUCUUUUGUCGUCAUCCUCGGUGCUGUCCUUGAAGCUGGGCCGAGUCGACGUUCGGUUCCACGAACCGUGGAGUCUGAAGGAGUUCAUUGCCCAGCAGCUGACUCGGCUGCCUGAGCAGAUCGAUGCAAAUGGCGGGCGGACGCUGAGCUACGAUGACAGAGGCCGGGUGCUGCGGUCGCUAGGAUACCGGGUUCUCUCCGACAUCAACGACGUGUCCGUCAUGAUGCCUACGGCGCUGGUGGGCACCGUGCUUCUGACGCUGCGUGGCCGCGGUGUCGGAAAGGGUGAGCUCGUCAGACGUGUGGAAUGGCUAUGCGAGCGCGUCCGGGCGAAAGGCGGGCGGGUUGCGCACUUCUAUCGCUAUCCGACCGAGGUCGUGGUUGAGCGUGCCCUUGAGGUUCUCGGGCCUCAGAUCGUAGGAGAGAUCACCGGACUCGUGGAGCCCACGUUCCACGCGGUGGACCGUUUCCAGCUGUCGUUCUAUCGCAACAUGAUGAUCCAUCUCUUCAUCACGGAAGCACUGGUGUCCACAGCCAUGUAUACCCGGAUUAAGCAAGGCGGCGGGCCGUCUUACCAGCGCAUGUCCUAUGGAGACCUGGUCAAUCAGGUUUCUUUCCUGUCACAGCUCUUCCGCGGCGAAUUUAUCUUCCCCCCCGAAGGCCUCGCUACCAAUUUGGAGAAGACGCUCCGCGGGCUCGAAAGAGACAACGUCAUCACCGUCAGCCGCGACACGAGCGGCGUGCCCCUGUUCGUCGAGCUCAGCGACGCCGAACGGCAGUGUGGCCGCGAAAACUACGACUUCUACUGCUUCCUGAUCUGGCCAUUCAUCGAAGCCUCGUGGCUCGGCUCCGUGUCGCUUCUGGGGCUGACCCCGCCGCUGAACGGCCCGAAAGACGUCUGGAUCGACCUGAACAAGGCCCAAAACAACGCUCAACUGCUCGGGAAAACGCUGUACCACCAGGGCGAUCUCUCCUAUUUCGAAGCGGUCAACAAGGAGACCCUGAAGAACUCCUACCAGCGGUUCGCCGAGGAAGGCAUCGUGCACGUGGCGAAGAGCAAGGAGUCGAAGGCGUCGUCGGUGCGACUGGCGCCGGAAUGGAUCCCGGAGCGGGAUGCCGAGACCGGGAAGCUGGUCCCGCGCGGCCGACUGUGGGACUUUACGGAGCUGAUCGCGCAGUCCAGACGGGAGGGGAAAAACCGUCGUGACGGCGCAACGGUCUCGUCGCGGGUGAUGCGCAUGUCGGAUCUGGUGGGACGGAAGCUGUUCGAGGACGCGGCGAGCCCGAGUCCGGUCGAGGAGGUGGAUGUGUCGAUGCGGCAGAUGCGGCGGAAGGCGAUUGCGCCGGCGAAGCUUUGA